AGACAAAAUCGACAAUGGUUUCAUCCAAAGAUGGCCACGAUAUCUGUCAACGAGAAGUGAAACUUUCCCUUAAGUAUAGGAAUAUAGCUUGUCAAUUAACCUUUAUUUGGACUACUUUGCUCGAACUGACAUCGAUGCGGCUUUACUGGACACACAUUAUGAUGUCUUUCCGAGUUGUUAUUUCGUCCGACGCCGUUUUGUAUUGAAUAGCAACCCGCCUGGCUCAACUGCUCUCUUUCAAGUGAGCUAGCCGUCCUGCUAACCGCGGGGAGAUUUCAGUCUCCCGGAAUAAUUUCGGGAAAAUAUUUCCACUUUGUCGCGCUAAAUAACGCGCUGCACCUGGUACAGAUAAGUGAAGUCUUUCUGGCAGGAAGCGGGUUUAACGCCGAAGACGUUGUCAGGCUCAGCACUUCCGUCUACACAUCUUCACGUCACUCGCUUCCAGUUAAGUUUGAUGUUUUUCCAUGAGCACUGUGCGGAGAGGACUUUGAUUUGCUUGUACCUUCUGUCCUAGCAAAUCAAUGGAGAAGCUUCAAGACCUCAGCCAGCCCGAGUUGCAGGAUUUGCUGGAUAGCUCGGAGCGGGUGGAGUCUAUGGCACUGGAGUCUGAUGAGAUUCAGAACAUUCAGUUGGAGAGGGAAAUGGCUCUGGCUGCCAAUCGCAGUCUGGCCGAGCAAAACCUGGACAUGAAGCCCCGACUCGAAACAGAGAGGGCGCGACUGGUGGGAAAAUAUGCUGAACUAGAGGAAGUGAGGGAGAAAUACAAACAACACUGUGCCAUGAGAGACAGCAUCAUAGGGCAGGUGUCUCCGGAGGGGCUGUUGUCUCGUCUGCAGAUAGAGGGCGCCAGCACAGAGGCAGAAUCAGAGGUUUUAGCAGACGAGUUUCUCGAAGGUUCGAUAUCGCUGGAAUCCUUCCUCGAACGCUUCCUUUCCCUCCGCUCUCUCGCUCACACGAGACGAGUGCGCAUCGAAAAGCUGCAAGAAAUUCUCAGCCUAAAAAGCAAAGGGAUAGGAGAUGCUACAGUGACAUCACAAACCGGUGCCAAUCAGGAUGCUGGAUCAUCAUCGCAGUGGCAACAACCGCAGCCUCAACAGCAGCAGAGCUCCAAAAUCAGUGCACCCUCCAAUGCCGCCACUUCUGCUCUGCCCUACACCCCCUACCCCGUUGCUCCCCCCUCUGCCUCCACAGCGGGCAUCACUAACCCUAGCACAGCGUUUCAGCCCUACCCCAGCCAGGGUGCCCCCUUCCCUCCAUCGACAGGCUACACAGCUCCCAGGCCUGCGUUUGGUCCCCCCAAUUGCCCGUACCCCACCCAACCACCAUUUCCUGCUCCACCGUUUGGGCAGUUUGGUUCCACGGCUGCCCCGUACCCCGCUCCAUAUGCUUAUGGAGGGUACAACUACCCCACAGGCCCCCAUGGCCCAUCAACCCAAUCACCCACAGCUAGACCACUUUAUAGGCCCGGUUUUGGGGUACCACAACCGUACUCCUGAGCCACUCUGUGUGUGUCUGUCUUUCUCUUUUUCUCAUGAUCCUCCCUCUCGUCUCUCUCCCACCUUUCUCCACCUGCUCUGCCUUUUGCUUCCCCUCAGAUUUGUGGUUUGCGUACCCAUGUCACAUCCUGUUCCUGUCUGAGGCUUAUAAAGACACUUGAGAUCGAGCGUGCGCUUGUUUCCCCCAUGAGACCUCAGUCAGAGACUCAAUACGGGCCGCCCAGUUUAAACGGCUCAGUUCCUCUCCAUUUUAAAGCAUGUUAUCAGUUUGCAAAAUCUCUGAUUUAUUAUUAUAUUCAAUGACGAAAUGCUUUUUUUUUAUGACAUUGUGUUACAGCUCAGCCUUAUUUGGCUGUUUUUUUUUUUCCCGAUCAUUCUGUCAAAAUUGUACUGAGACAAAUACGCCACACUACAUGGAAGCGUUACGUUAGCGUUAGGCUAAUCUCUUGUCUAUAUCAACACCAGAAAGCACAGCACCAUUUUCCACUCCAUCACAGAUGAAAACUCCUUAAAAAAAGCAGAGUGUAUUCUUUUUCAUGAAUAAAUUUAGACAACUUCCACGUGUGCAGAUGUGGGUGCGGUGCGUCCUGUUAUGAAUGCUUAGUGUACCAAUGCACCAACUGAUCACUCCAAACCUUCUCGAUACCUCUUUUGCUCCCUCUUUUUUUCUUUCACACCCUUCCACUCCAUUUAUUUAAUACACCGCUUGACAAUGAUUAAAAGGAAUAGACUAUUGCUGUAAGUUCUCUAGUGGGGACGGUAUACUUAACAAAUCAAACUGAUAUUAAAUGGAAACCGGAGAACAAGGGAUAUUAAUAUAGACAUAUCUAUCUGCUAUAGCACAGGAUUUGGUGGGGCAGUUGAGGCAUAACAUAGCACAGAGCAUAUGCAAAGAAAAUAGGCGCUACAUAACAUGCUUACUUUAGUAAAUAUAGCAUUCUUUUGUGGUAAAACUAUGCAGACGAAUGCCUGGCUGCAUAUUUUACACUGAAUUUAGACACAAUGAGACAUUUGAUGGUCUUGUACAGCUAGCCGCCCAGUUUGUUUCAGUGGCACAUUGCCCUCAGAAUCAUAACAUGGGUGGGAUUGGAGCCGGUUAACCAACAGAAUGCUUCAUUUUGUGGUUUGAUUUGAGUCCACCUUCAGAUUCUGCCACAUGAAUACUCUCACUAGCCCACAGCUGUAGGCCCAUCCAUCCAAACGGCCUGUGCUUGUCAUUAUGUGGUGUUAUGUAGAUCUGUAAAAGCCCCAUCUAUUUGAGGUCUCCUUGUUGGACAACCGGAGGACCAUGUGAAUCACACUAGCACUCCACACUAACCGCCCCGAACUCUUUGGCAACAGGAGCUGGGAGUGGGACCUUCGAACCGUCAGCUUUAGAAUAGGCGUGUGGGGUCUCUCUUUAUUUUUGUACUUUAAAGCAAUUCAAAACUAGAGGCGUCCUCAAUCAAGCCUCAGGUGGCUUUAUCUAAUUCAUGAACUCAGUAAUUAAGACUCAGGUUUGUAGCAAAACCCCCACGUUUAGGUUCCCUCCCCAGCACCUGGAGCGAGGGAGAGGGGUGAUACGACACGAGGAUGAGAGAAAAAAAAAAUGGGAUGAAAAUUUUAUUAGCACAUUGAUUUGCAGCAUUAGAGGAAAAGAAAUUCAAUUGCAUUGGUUGUGAUGACUGUAGCCUGUUAAAAGUGUCUUUUUAUUGUCCUUUUUUUCGGGUGUGAAUAUUAAACACUGAAGUUG